AUGUCAGCACCAAUCAGUCGUUCAGGUUUACAGAACGAAGUAAUAAAUUUUUAUCGAAAGUGUUGUAGAGCUAUACGAAAAAAACCUAUCGAAUCACGAUAUAGAUUUCAACAAUUUGUUAGAUCACAAUUUCGUCAAUAUGACAUAUCACCAAGAGAUCAUAAUGCUAUAGAAUAUAUGUUGAGAAGAGGUCAAAGACAGCUGGAAGCUUAUGAGAGUGAUAGCGUUAAAGACGUUAAUUUAUAA